AACUUGUCCAAUCUAUUCCACAACACAAAACUGAGCACACUGAAACAUCAUGGCGGACAACAACAAUCCCGGAAACUUUGCCAACCGUCCCAAAGAAGAAGUGCAGCAGAUUGCUUCCAAGGGCGGACAGUCGAGUCACAAGGGCGGCUUCGCUUCCAUGGAUCCUGACAAGCAGCGGGAAAUUGCGUCCAAGGGCGGACAGGCCUCUGGAGGGUCUUUUGAGCCUGGAAGUAAGAAAGCCCAAGAGGCGGGCCGCAAGGGUGGCUUGCAGUAAAGUAUGGGCGUUUUUCUAGUGUCGAUUUCACUCUUAUUCGGUGAAUCAUCUCUUACUGUAGAUAUGCAUACACUAGAAAUAUACUCCAAUACACGCUAUUUGACAAUG